AUGCAGCGCAACGACCCUCCCGCACCCACGGCCAAGACUCCGCCCGCCGGUGACGCUGCCCAAGCUGCCGCGCCGACCACGGCCAGCACCAUGGCGAGUCAACAGGCCGCCCCCGGCGGCUCCAACCUGCCGUCUGCAAAUGCGCCCGUGUCCAGCGUACAGACCUCGAAGCAGUCGUCAGCGGCCAACUCCAACUCCCAGUCCCCCAUAGCCUCCCGAGACGGCUCUCCCGCUCGAAAUCCCCGAAGGAGCUCGUCGACGCAGCGACUCGGCAGCGCGACGCGCUCUCGAAAGAACAGCCAGCACGACCCGAGCCCAUCGAGACCUGCCAGGACGAGUAUCCCCGAACCGACGUCAGCGCCGCGUGCCCUGUCGUCCACGACACCAAGUCUACGCCCAGCCAGCAAGGAGCCGCAAAUACAGGCUCCCACGCCACAGAAGCCGCCUAUAGUACAGGAACUGAGGGACAACCCCAAGUGGCCCGUCUCGCCACGCAUUCGAUCGCCGCCGCCGCAGUUGGCCAAGUCAAGUGCUGCGGCCGCUGCUCGAAGAAGCGAGCAGGAGCCGCCGUCUAUUAAUGUCCAGAGGCCAACUCCGUCACCCCAUCCUUCCGACUCCCAGCUGCCAACACCAGAAAGCGAUACAGAUGAGUCGCACAUGCAGUCGGGUAUUCGAACUCCGGCUCGCGGCCCCCUGGAGACCGUGCAAGAGGUCAGCCAGAACAACUCUCCGGCGCACCCCCGCGACAACGCACUGGUGGAGCAUAUCAAGGAGAAACUCGGCGGCGUCGACCCUUACGCGGACGCUGCGCUGAGCGAUACUGGUGCGAUGCAGAAGACCAAACCAACCAUGGCCGGCCUGCAGGCCGUGGGCGAUGCGUCCAAGGCUGAACUGAGGAGGCCGACCUCGGUGCCCCCUCCGCUCGUCUCCCGGCAGUCGAGCGCCAUGUCGGCGAAGCAGUCGAAAGCAAAGCCCGAGGGCUCGACGCAGAACAUGACAGUGGAGACCGAGACUGUCCCCAGCGUCCCUCAAGUAGCGCUCACUGCAGGCCAAAAGUCGGAAGGCGGCAACGGCACACUCAAGGCAAAACCAAGCACGGAAACAAUCAAGCCGAAGAAGGAGAAAAAGAAGCCUACGCGAAAGCAGCCGGCUGUCAGCUCGGCGACAGGUUCCAAGGCGGACAUUUUCGAGGCCAAAAUUGCCAGCGCUGUCGACGAGGCCAACACGUCUGAUUCGGAGGAGACCUUUGUGUAUGACUCUAACCCGCCAGACACCGCCGAGCGGUCAAACCGGCGUUUCCAUUCUCGAACCCCAAGCGCAACAUCCAUGGCAAGUCAAGCAGACCGCCAAAAUCUUCGAUCCAUCUACGGCGUCAUGCAAGACGGGAGCCACGGUUCUGGCCACCCUCACGGCCCGGUACCGAAAAAGAGCAUGAAGUUUGUCAACACUUUUAACGGCAACGCGAGCGAUAGCUUGACUCCUGGUGAGGAAGACGGCAAAGGCACUGGGCGGAGCGCUGGUGGUUCCGCACGAGGCACUGUGCGCCAUCAUCACCAUAUUGGCAGAUGGGGUCGUCAGCCUGGCAACGGCCAUGCUUCCCUAUUCGACAAUGAGUCUCCAUUCCCCAACGCCGCGAAAUCCAAGCUAGGGAGCAACACCUCGCGGAACUCGUCUGGCCCACCCAGCCCUCGCAACUAUCACUCGGCCCGUGGCCACUUGAGCACUAAGCGGUCCAACAUGCAAAUGUCUUCGAGCUACGACUUGGAUGACACGACCGGCGCCGACGACGAACGAACUCCGCUUCUUGAGCAGGGCCGUUCUUACCGUGGCGGACGGAACAGGCGCGGGCCGCACAACCUGCGACAAGCCGAGUCGCAGACAUAUACGAGACGAUCCUCGUAUCUGAAUCGUUUUGCCGCCUGUCUUGUCCUGACCAUGAUGUUUCUCUUGGUCAUCACUGGCGCCAUCGGGUUCAUGUUCGCGACGUCGCAACCCAUGACCGGCAUCGAGAUCGUCUCCAUCACAAACGUGGUGACCAGCCAGCAAGUCUUGAUGUACGAUCUCACUGUCAAGGCACACAACCCCAAUAUCGUGGUUGUAACCAUCGACCACGCAAACCUGGAGAUAUUCGCCAAAUCGGAACAUGCUGGCACCGACUCGGAAUGGAGAUCACGUGGCGCAGAUGACGUUCGUGCUCGAGACGAUCCAGUCAACGACCCACCCAAGGGUCCCGGUGAGGGCGAUGAUGGCGACUCCAGGCCAAACGUUCUACUCGGGCGCAUCACGGAGUUCGACAGCCCGCUCACAUUUGAAGGCUCACUGUUUCAUCAAGGCAGCUCGACAUCGAGCGCCGAGAUGCAGCUGGCCAAUCCUGGAAACGACACAACAGGUGGUUCGGAACGGUGGGAGCGCAUUUACCAAAACGAGUUCGACCUCAUCAUCAAAGGGGUGGUCAAAUACAGCCUUCCCCUUAGCGCUCAUGUCCGCAGCGCCACGGUAUCCGGGCGAACGACGGUCAAGCCCAACUCGGCCAACGAUCCUUCCCAUAAACCCAACAACACUCUUUCUGCCGUUUCUUGA